AAGAAAUCGGACGCCUCGCCGAUUAUAAUCCCACCAAAACGCACGCUGCGUCGCCGGCGUCAGUAGAAAUCCGACUUCCGAGAAAGGAGGAGCUCUUCGCAUCUUUAUCUAUCCCCGCUGGGUUCCUGUUGUUUCAUCGAUCCGGGACUUUUGGGGAGAGGAAGAAAGGGGAAUCGCCGCGCAGGAGUGCCUCGAUCCGAUUGAACCAUUCCGAUCGACAUGGAUUUCGAGCUGCGUGUGGCUCGGGAGAAGUUGGAAAGGGAGCAGAGGGAGCGCAAGGCUAGAGCCAAGGCCAAGUUAGACCGGGAGCAGCGGGCCAAGGCUGAGGCCGCCCGCCAACGCGAAGCCAUCGAAGCCGCCCAGCGCGAUAAGCGCCUCGACGCCGCUCGCGCCCAACUCGAGGCAGAGCGGCAAAAGGAAGAAAGCAUGCUUCUCGGGAAUGGAAUUGUAUUUUCCCGAACUUUUGAAGCUGUAUCUUUUGAUGGCUUUGGAGACAAAAUCAAACUUCCACCUUCUUGCUUUCAAGAAUUGUCUGAUCAAGGUGCCCUGGAUAAAGGCCCCAUGCAUUUUAGGCUGUCGAUGGUUAAUGAAUCAGUUCCAUCAGAUUCUGAUGCUGAUGUCCAGAGUGGAUUCCGAUUAACUCAUUCAGGAGUUUUAGAGUUUACUGCAAGAGAUGGUUCAGUGGAACUACCUCCCCACGUAUGGGACAAUUUAUUCUCUGGUGUCUGUCUAGAUGUUCCUCUUAUCAAGGUGCGUUAUGUUAGCUUACCUAAAGGAACAUAUGCAAAAUUACAACCAGAAGGGAUGGGUUUUUCUGAUAUUCCCAACCAUAAGGCCGUGCUCGAGACAACUCUCCGUAGACAUGCAACUUUGUCUGAAGGUGACAUUAUUACUGUCAGUUAUGGUGAACUAAACUACAAGUUGAGGGUUCUUCAGCUAAAACCUGCUUCCAGUGUCUCUGUUCUAGAAACUGAUAUUGAAGUUGACGUAGAAGGACCUGACUCUGCUUCCAACAAUAUAGGGAAAGAUCGUGUUCUUACACCGCUUAUCAUGGGAAAGAUUGAAGAAGGAAUUGUUGAAAAAGGGGAGUGCAAUUACUAUAAGUUCAUUGUUGAGGAUGCUAUGAGAGAUAAAAUUGCAUCUGGUCAGAUCAAUAUUGAAAUAAAGCUCGAUGCAGAUGGUAAUGGAGAUACCAAUAUUUACGUAUCAAGGCAUCCAAUGAUAUUUCCGACCCAGCAUCGCCAUGAAUGGUCAUCUCAUGAGAUGGGCUCCAAGGCUCUGAUAAUAAGGCCAAAGGAUCUGAAUCUGGUUGCUGGUACCUAUAGCAUUGGUGUUUUUGGUUUUGAAGGUGUUACAAGGUAUAAAAUCUCUGUGGCUUAUAAAGACAACCUUAAGCAAAAGGUCGGGGAACAUGCUACUGUUCCAUCACAAGUUGAUGUGGAAUCUGUAGAAUGCCGAAAUUGCAAACAUUAUAUAUCCAGUCGCACCAUUUUACUCCAUGAAGCAUAUUGCAUUCGACACAAUGUUCUUUGUCAAUAUAAUGGUUGUGGAGUUGUUCUUAGAAAGGAGGAAGUGGCAAACCAUAUACAUUGUGAUAAAUGUGGACACGCCUUUCAGCAAGAAAAGUUGGAGAAGCACAUGAGGGUGUUUCAUGAACCACUUCAUUGCCCGUGUGGAGUGAUACUAGAGACGGAACAAAUGGUCGAACACCAAUCCUUGAUGUGCCCACUUCGUUUGGUAACUUGUCGCUUCUGCGGAGAUAUGGUCCAAGCUGGUGCCGCAGCAGCUGAUGCUCGGGAUCGUUUCAGAGGGCUCUCCGAACAUGAGAGUAUCUGCGGGUCUCGGACAGCUCCAUGCGACUCAUGUGGGCGUUCUGUCAUGCUGAAGGAAAUGGAUCUCCAUGUUGUUGCUGUGCAUCAGAAAAGCUAACUUAACUACCUCUGCCAUUUCAAAACAUUCAAAUUCAUCUUAGAUAUGGGCUCGAGUGUGCCACAAACUUUCAUGCAUCUUUUAUUCUGUAUUAUUUUGAAUGUACGAAAUCAAAAAGAUGACAGAUCUUUCCUUUUAAAAUUCCAA